GUUACAUUGUGUCUAUUGUAUCCCUGGGCUUGUGAAUUAGUGCAUUUUUCUGGACUUAAAAUUCCGAGUGCAAACCAUGGCUGAAGAACAAGAAAUCAUGUGCAAAUUGGAAAGCAUUAAAGAAAUCAGAAACAAGACCCUGCAGAUGGAAAAGAUCAAGGCCCGUUUGAAGGCUGAGUUUGAGGCCCUUGAGUCAGAGGAGAGGCACCUGAAGGAAUACAAGCAGGAGAUGGACCUCCUUCUACAGGAGAAGAUGGCCCAUGUGGAAGAACUCCGACUAAUUCACGCUGACAUCAAUGUGAUGGAAAACACCAUCAAACAAUCUGAGAACGACCUAAACAAGCUUCUAGAAUCUACCCGGAGGCUACAUGAUGAGUAUAAGCCAUUGAAGGAACAUGUGGAUGCCCUGCGCAUGACUCUGGGCCUGCAGAGGCUCCCUGACCUAUGUGAAGAAGAGGAAAAACUCUCCUUGGAUUACUUUGAGAAGCAGAAAGCAGAGUGGCAGACUGAACCUCAGGAGCCCCCCAUUCCUGAGUCCCUGGCCGCUGCAGCUGCUGCAGCACAACAACUUCAAGUGGCUAGGAAGCAGGACACUCGGCAGACAGCUACCUUCAGGCAGCAGCCUCCACCUAUGAAGGCCUGCUUGUCAUGCCACCAGCAAAUUCACCGAAAUGCACCUAUAUGCCCUCUGUGCAAAGCCAAGAGUCGGUCCCGGAACCCUAAAAAGCCAAAACGAAAACAGGAUGAAUGAAGAAGGGGGAUACAUAGAGCUCUGCAGCGCAUAACACCACCCCUUUGCCAGAGUGAUUGAUGUCUUGAUGUGAAACAACCCUUCCCCACCUCUAUCCAGUCUCUUAUUUAAUAUAAUGGAAGCACAACCCCUUUCUCACAACCCCUUUUUUCUUAUUUCUUUCUGAUCUUAGGGUUGUCUGGUUUAGGAAGGGAUGUGGUUUAGGUGCUAAUGACAAUAUGAGUGUGUCUUGCUGACUCCUUGUCUCCACAGUUCUCCAGCCUUGCCCUAGUUUGGAGCUGAAGGAAAGCCAGUAGGCCCACAUAGGUAUUCUCUAUCACCUGUCCCCAAGACCUGGGGGCCAAAGGUCUGAACCCUUAUGAUGAGGCCCAUAUCUUGUUUCAGGUGAAGGCUCCAUCGUGCCCCUUCUUCAUAAUUUUGCCUUUGGCUCUAAGAGGAUAGCAAACUUCUUGCUGAACUUUGCAAAAGACUUGGUGCAUAUAUCUUCCUCACUUCCAACCUCAUCUCCUCCUCCAGGUCUAGAGGUAAAUGUGACAAGUUCUC